UAGAGCCAAACUUGAACUUUUCAUUAUCUAAGAAAACAAAUAUUAGCAUACCUGGAUUAUACAUCAUAUAAUAACUAACUCAAAUAUAUCUUGUAAUCUACGACACAUUUCAAAUCCUUCUCAGUAAUAUUUGAACGAUUUGACUAAUUCUGCCCAACAAUACAACAUUUGCAAUUUUCAAACGAUGUCUCAAAUCAUGCAUCAACUUCUUAAGCCUUUUAUAUUACUAGUACUUGUAGUUAAAUUCUGCUCGACUGACCGAUCAUUUCUAGUGGAUUGGGAAAACAAACAAUUUCUCAAAGAUGGUGAGCCUUUCAGAUACGUCUCUGGGAGUUUCCAUUACUCGCGCACACCUAGCAGCCAGUGGCAGGACAGGCUGACCAAAAUAAAAGCGGGAGGUUUGAAUGCGGUGCAGACUUACAUCAUGUGGAACUUCCAUACUCAAAAAGAAGGCGUCUACGACUUCACCGGAGAUCGCGACAUCCAACACUUUCUGCAACUUGCCAAUGACACCGGACUCCUGGUUAUAAUGCGAGCAGGUCCCUAUUCUUGUGCCGAGUGGGAAUUCGGGGGGUUCCCUUGGUUCCUCAGACAAAAUAGUGAAGUCAUUCUACGAUCCUACGAUCCCAAGUACCUCGCUUACGUUGACGCUUGGAUGGACGAAUUACUGCCAAAAUUGGAACCUUAUCUGUACAACAAUGGGGGUCCGAUUAUAACAGUCCAGUUUGAAAAUGAGUAUGGCAGUUAUCCCACUUGUGAUAAGGCGUAUUUGCAGCACCUGGUUCAUAAGUUCAGAGAGCAUCUGGGUCCAGAUGUUGUUUUGUUCACAACAGAUGGAUACUCAACAGGCUAUCUCGAAUGCGGUGCUCUCAAAUCCGAACUGGUUACUGUGGACUUUGGAACUGGCGGGGAUCCGGCAGAAGAGUUCGAGGAUAAGGAAAAGUUCCAGCCUUAUGCACCACUGGUUAAUUCCGAGUUUUACACUGGUUGGUUGAACCAAUGGGGAUAUCCUUUCACCUACAUUUCCACUGACUCUGUAACUGAAACACUGGACCAAAUACUCGCACUCAACGCUUCAGUCAACUUCUACAUGUACGUAGGUGGAACGAACUUCGCCUACUGGAGCGGAUCUAACUCAGGUGAUGAUGUUGAUGUCUAUGAUAUUACGUCAUACGAUUAUGACUCACCAAUCAGCGAAUCGGGAGACACGACUUGGAAAUAUUUUGCCAUCAAAGACACUGUCGCAAAAUACCUUCCUACCCCUGUUGAACCAGUUCCUGCAAAUUCGACCAAAACUUCCUUAAAAGGGGUAAAACUGGCCUCCAAAGGAACAUUGUUGAUCUAUUUUGACUUCAUUGCAAACGAAGACGACUACCAAAGUGCAAAGUAUCCAAAGUCCAUGGAGGAACUUGGGUUCGACUAUGGGUUCGUUAUGUACAGAUACGAACUAAAGAAAGACUACCCGAAAAACGUCACUCUUGCAUUUCCUGUGAACGGAAUCGGAGAUCGAGUUUUGGUUCAAACCGCCAUGUCUCAUAACCACUCCGCUGCAACUUACCUCGCGACCCUGGAUAACGAUCACAAGGAAGCCAGAAGCCUGGAUAUUGAGGUCGGGCUGCAGACGGGGCACUUUAUAGUGUUGUUUGUGGAGAAUAGAGGGAGGGUGAAUUAUGGGGGAGAAAUGCAGAAUCAACAAAAAGGGAUUUUGGGCAAUGUUACCCUGGACGGCGAGAUUCUCGAAGAAUGGGACAUGAUCCACCUCAAACUGGAGGGACUCGGAUCCCAGAUCCUGCCUCCCCCCGAUGUACCCCCCUCAGUGGCCCCAGUGCCCAUAGUGUACCAGGCGGAGGUGGAUAUGGACAUGGAAGACACUUUUCUCAACUUCACCUCUUUUUCCAGAGGAGUCGCAUUGGUGGAUAACUUCAACCUCGGAAGGUACUGGCCCACCGAGGGACCCCAACAAACUCUCUAUGUCCCCAAAGGCAUCCGCAACUCAACUAAGUUCAUCCUCACUCUAGUUGAGUUUGAGGAGAGAAGCGAGGCGGAAACAGUGGACUUCCUCGACUACCCCAUUCUCAAUGUACUCCCCAAAUGAUCCAGGAAAAAAGACGAGGAAAAAAACGUACAGAAAGUAUACAGUCUUUAAAAAUUUGAGGAAAUACAAGUCUGAGAACAAUCAUUUCAAUACUUGAUAAUUUAUACUCGCUUAACUAGUAUUCAACUAGAAAUUCCAAGAAAAACUUGAUAAGCUCUAU